AUGGGCACCCCCGGCCAGGAGAUUUUCACCACCGCCGACGGACUGGCUGUGCCGGCCGUGACCGAGGAAGGCAUGCGUGAAGUGGACCGCAUUGCCGUUGAAGACACAGGCCCUGCGCUGUUUCAGAUGAUGGAAAACGCGGGGCGCAACCUGGCGCUGCAGGCGAUUGACAUGAUGGGUCCCGCUUGGGCGUCCUCAAAGGUCGUGGUAUUGGCCGGCACGGGGGGCAAUGGCGGCGGAGGCAUAUGCGCUGCCAGGCACUUGGCAAACAGGGGCGCGGAUGUUACGCUCAGCGUAACGCGGGUGGAGGGUCUGGGCGAGGUGCCGGCGUACCAACGGCACGUUUUCCUGGGCACACAGGGCAGAGAAGCGAGCGUGGGGGAGUUGCCAGCCGACGGUGUGGGAUUAGUCAUUGAUGCGCUGUUGGGGUACAGCCUGAAGGGUGCGCCCCGGGGGGCGGCGCUGGAAGCCAUCAGGUGGGCCAACGCGUGUGCAGCCCCCAAGCUCUCUCUGGACGUCCCAUCAGGCGUCAACUCAACCACUGGGGACACGCCCGGCGAGUACAUCAAGCCCGCCGCGACGCUAACUCUGGCCCUGCCCAAGACGGGCCUCAAGGCUCACCUCACCGGGGACCUUAUCCUUGCGGACAUCGGCAUUCCCGUGGCCUGCUACCAGAAGAUGGGCCUUAAGUACCAGAGCCCGUUUGGAGCGGCUUACCGCGUACCACUGCGACAGAGCGAUUCAGCGCAGGGGGAGAGAGCUGCCAUUUCGAGAUGA